CAUAGAACUUCCCCCCUGGCAGGCUGGGAAGGCUGCAGUUUUGCUUCACAGUUAAGACAAGCACCGGCUCAAAUAGGCCCCCAGAGAAACCUCGAGCCUCAUCAAUUCCUGAAGAAGAUCUGAGCAUUCCCUGUCUUCAGAAUCUGCUUGCCUCAACAUGGCCUCCCACAGAAACACUGAAGUGAGGAUCAUUCUGGUAGGAAAAACUGGGAACGGAAAGAGUGCCACAGCAAACACUAUCCUUGGGAGAUGUCAAUUCGAGUCUAAGAUUUCUGCCCACGCUGUUACCAAGACCUGCCAGAAGGCAUCCAGGGAAUGGAAGGGGGAAAACCUUGUUGUAGUUGACACCCCUGGGCUCUUUGACACCAAGAAGACCAUGAAAGACACAUGUACAGAGAUCAGUCGCUGUGUCCUCUACUCCUGCCCUGGGCCUCACGCCAUCAUCCUGGUUCUGCAGCUGGGCCGCUUCACAGAGGAAGAGCAGAAAACUGUUUCCCUGAUCAAGAGUCUUUUUGGGGAGGCAGCCAUGAAGUACAUGAUCGUCUUGUUUACUCGCAAAGAUGAACUUAAUGACCGGAGCCUGGAUGACUUUUUAGGUGAGCCAAAUGACAAGCUAAAUAAUGUCAUUGCGCAGUGUGGGAAACGCUACCUGGCCUUUAAUAACAAAGCAGUAGAGGUGGAGCGAGAAGAUCAAGUAGAGCAGCUGGUAGGACUGAUAGAGCAAAUGGUGGACAGGAAUGAGGGCUCUUACUUCUCUGAAAAGAUAUACGAGGACAUAGACAGAAGGCUGAGACAAUGUCUAAGGGAACUGGAGGAAACUUACGCUCAGGAACUCAGUGAUGAAAUCAAAAGAAUAGAAAGGGAAUAUGCUCAUAAAUCAGAAGAAGAAAAGAAGAAACGUAUUGAUUCUGCAAAGAAAAAUUAUGAUGAGAAAAUGGAAAAUCUGAAGGUAAAGGCUGAAGAGAAUAUACUUGGGUAUAUUUACAGGAAGAUAUAUGAACUGCUUUCAAAAAUUUGGGACAAGUUGAGAUCGUGAUGUAAAUGUCACUCUUUUACAUUAAUGACAUUUGUUCUUUGACAAUUUCAUACAUACAUACAUGCAUAUAAUGUGUUCGGAUUGAAUUCAUGUCUUUUUGUUCUGGUAUGUUUUUUGCUUUGUGAUCCAUUGAGUUUAACUAGUUUCAUGUGGGUGACAACAGGUUUCGAACAAUCUAUCAGAGCCUGGUGGGCUGAUCAGGAGGAACACAAUGGAAGACAAUGACUCCUCCUUUUCCAGAAUCCAUCAGCAGGUACUAGCUCAGCAGGGUGGACAGGUUCUUAUGAGUCCUCCCCUACCCAGGUCCAUAUCUGCUGUGAGCUCCUGAUGGCAGUGUCUGUUUCCUGAAUGAACACGCGCACACACGCAAAUGAGCGAACACGCACACGCACACACGCUCACACACGCACAGGAUUAAGUCACUGGGAAAGCUGUCUGGCAGCUCUGCAGCGGGUCUCAGAGUCCCACUACAGGGGGCAGAGCAGGCACAGAUGGCUGCGGAAUGAACCCUUAAGUGCUGGGAUGCCCUAGGCUUCUGUGAGAUGUUCUCAUCUUCUGAAAACCUCACCAUCUUCCUGGGAGAAGAUGAAGUACAGUUCUCUGAAUUAGGAGGAGGGAGGAGACGAUAGGUCCCACAGUUUCCGCCAAUCCCAACUUCAUCCUCUAGUAGCCUGGUUCUUUAUAACUGGCGUUUCUGAACUUGAGCUGCCUUCUGUGCUUCAUUCUGUCACUAGCCACCUCUAGGCUUUCUGGGCUUGUGCGGGAUGUCCGUGCUCUGUCCAGUGAACUCUCACCUUCCCCUCUUCCAGGUAUUUGUCAAGAAUCUCAUCACUGCUAGCCGGGAGGUGGUGGCACACGCCUUUAAUCCCAGCACUUGGGAGGCAGAGGCAGGCGGAUCUCUGUGAGUUCGAGACCAGCCUGGUCUACAAGAGCUAGUUCCAGGGUAGGCUCCAAAGCUACAGAGAAACCCUGUCUCGAAAAACCAAAAAAAAAAAAAGAAUCUCAUCGCUGCUACUGCUUUUACUUUUAUACCCUUGAUAGCCCUGUGAUCCCUUUAGUAGGCGUGUUAGAGGUGAGGCUGCCCUUGGUGUGUAACAGCACUGCCGUGGUCGAGGUGCUGGACCACAGUGUUAUGGUGUGAUUGCUUUCCAUAAGCCAACCUAUCUUGACUUUGAAAUCUCUGAUGCGUUGUUAAGUGGAAAUAGAACAGAGCAGAACAAAAUGCACAAAAUACUUUCACGUGGUUACACCGACCCACUCGUGGCCAUUCUGUAUUCUCAGGGGUAUUUUAAAUAACUAUGGGUUCAACAUAAAAAUAAAAAUUAUUUUGAUUUUUUUGUUUUGAUUAA